GCGGGCGCAUCGCCCCGCGCGGCACCUUUCGCUUUCGUUUCUCCGCGCCGCCGGCCCAGCUCUGCCCAGCUCAGCCCGGCCCAGCUCUGCCCAGCUCAGCUCGGCCCAGCUCAGCCCGGCUCGGCUCGGCACGGCUCGGCCAUGCCGCGGUGUAGCGUGGCGGAGGCGAGGCGCUGCGGGGAGCAGUUCGUGCAGUUCCUGCAGGACACGGGCCGGGAGCAGGAGAGCCAGCGCGACGCGCUGCGGAGCAUCUACACCCAGGAGUUUCGGGCCAGGACUGACACAAAAAUGCCCAAUUUCUCCUGCAUCUUGUACGCCCUGAAGGUGACCCACCGCGCGCAGGUGCACGGGGUGUCCGUGCACUUCAAGAAGGAGAAGAGGCGCGUGGUGGUGGCGGACCAGUACCGGAGACCCCGGGCGGACGCAGAGCCGUCGGCGUCGGCAGCCGGCCAGCAGCCCGGCUCCAGCGCCCGCGUCCCCAGGGGACGCGCCAAGGAGAGGGCCGAGUUCAUCCGCGGGAAGCACGGGAUAGAGAUCAUCUCGGAGCACGACCAGGGGGACGGGCACAUCCGCCUGCACGUGCCUCUCGGCGAGCCGCGGACGGCCACGGUCCGGGUGCAGAACGGCGGCGAGGGGGCCGUGACGCUGCUGCGGUGCCGGCCGCUCCGGCCGCAGCAGGAGUUCUCCUUCUCGGACGAGCACGGCGUGACGCAGGGGCAGGCGCUGGUGCUGCACCCGGGCAGCACCUACCCCAUCCAGGCGCGGUGCCUGACCGCCUUCAACGGCUGCUUCCUCGUCACCCUGGUGUUCGAGUUCGCCGCGGAGCCCGGCGAGCCCUUCAGCAUCGGGCGCUUCCUCUCCGCCACCGCCGAGACCCAGCUGGCCAAGGAGCUGGGGCCCUCGGCGCCCUACGAGCCCUACCAGGCCGGCCUCCGGCGGCCGGUCACGGUGGUCACCGAGGAGGGGACGCCGCCCGGGAGCAACCUGGAGAACGAGCUGGAGAGGGAAAUCCCGCUGAGCCCCUACCGGUACCCAAAGAGCCUCAAGGACGCCAUCGUGCUCGGCCCCGGCGCCGGCGCUCACCCCGCCCGGGCUGCCAUGAAGUCGCUGCUGGAGGCCCCCCUGCAGCCCCAGAACUACCGGGAGAAAUUCCAGCUGCUGCUGCACCUGGAGGAGAUCCAAAUGGAGGUGGACAUCCGCCGCUACGACAUGCGGGACGCGACCAUGGUGCAGGACAGGGCGCUGCUGGUCCUCGACGUGCCCGGCGUGGCCGAGAACCGCCCGUCGGUGCUGCGGGGCGACCACCUCUUCGCCAGCCUCAGCAGCGAGCGGGAGCGCGCCCCGCUCGUCCGGUACAAGGGCUACGUGCACGCCGUGGAGCAGGAGAAGGUCAGGCUGGGCUUCUCCUCCAAGCUGCAGAAGAAGUUUGUGAAUAACCUGAAGUUCGACGUGACCUUCACCUUCGGCCGGCUGCCGCUGCAGAUGCAGCACCGGGCCGUGGUCCUGGCCAUGCAGCGGGGCUUGGCCAGCGUCCUCUUCCCCUCCUCCUCCCUCCAGCAGUCCCUCUUCGACGGCGCCUUCCAGCCCCGCUGGUUCGACCAGAAGCUGCGGGACAACGAGGAGCAGCGCCGAGCGGUGACGCACAUCGUGACGGGCGUGUCCCGGCCAGCCCCCUACCUCAUCUUCGGGCCGCCCGGCACCGGCAAGACGGUCACCAUCGUGGAGGCCAUCAAACAGGUGUGGACAUGCCUGAAGGACUCGCGGAUCUUGGCCUGUGCCCCGUCCAACAGCGCCGCAGACCUGCUGUGCCAGCGCCUCAUCCAGGACAUCGCCGCCCGGCACGUCUACAGGAUCGUGGCCAACUCCAGGAGCUACCGGGAGGUGCCUGCGGACAUCCGGCCCUGCUGCAACUGGGACGACGCGCGGCAGUGCUACGUGUACCCGAGCAGGAUGCGCCUGGCGCAGCGCCGGGUCCUGGUCACCACCCUGGUGACGGCAGGCAGGCUGGCGUCGGCCAACUUCCCGCCGGGACACUUCACCCACGUCUUCAUCGACGAGUGCGGCCACGCGGCCGAGCCGGAGAGCGUGGUGGCCGUGGCGGGCAUCCUCGCCGCCACGGACCCCGACACCAACCCGGGCGGAGGGCAGCUGGUGCUGGCCGGGGACCCCCAGCAGCUCGGCCCCGUGCUGCGGUCGCCGCUGGCCGCCGAGCACGGCUUGGGCACCUCGCUGCUGGAGCGGCUGAUGCGGCACAACCGCCUCUACGCCAAGGCGGACGGCGGCUACGACCCGUGCUUCGUCACCAAGCUGCUGUGGAACUACAGGUCCCACGCGGCCAUCCUCAAGGUGCCCAACGAGCUCUUCUACGAGAACGAGCUGAAGGCCUGCGGCAGCCGCCCGCGCGACCCCCGGGGCCUCUACUGCGCCUGGCAGGAGCUGCCCCGCGAGGGCUUCCCCGUCAUCUUCCACGGCGUCUCCGGGGAGGACAAGCGGGAGGCCGGGAGCCCCUCGUUCUUCAACACGGCCGAGAUCGAGGUGCUGCUCGGCUACCUCAGGAAGCUGCUGCAGAGCGGGGGCAAGGGCGGCUGCCCCCCCGUCUCGCCCGCGGACGUCGGCGUCAUCUCGCCGUACAGGAAGCAGGUGGAGAAGAUCCGGAGAGCCAUCACCUCCCUGGACCACGACUUGCGGAAGCUGCCGGACAUCGGCCUGCUGAAGGUGGGCUCCGUGGAGGAGUUCCAGGGCCAGGAGCGGCGCGUGGUCCUCAUCUCCACCGUGCGCAGCUGCAGCGAGUACCUCCGCCUCGACGAGACCUUCAAGCUGGGCUUCCUCAAGAACCCCAAGAGACUCAACGUAGCCCUCACCAGGGCCAAGGCUCUGCUCAUAGUGGUGGGCAACCCCGCUGUCCUCAGCAAGGACCGCCACUGGCGCAGGUUUCUCGCGUACUGCAAGGAGGAGGGCGGCUACACGGGCUACCCCUACGCCGAGGAGGGCGCGGAGGAGGACGGGCUGGCCGCGGAGCUCGGCUCCCUCCGCCUCAGCAACUAGCGCCCGGGUGCGCCGGGGCCGGGACCCCCGGGGAGCAGCGGUGCCGCGGCCAGGACCCCGCGCGGGUUCGGCAGCCCGGAGCAGAGGCACCGCCAACGCCCCGCGGGCCGCCCCCCGCACCGGCACCGGCAC